UUAUUAUUCCGCUGGACCCAGAAGUGGUUUCGUAGUAUCUUGAUCGAGAAGACAAGACACGCCUAUGAUGAGAUGUUCCAAGCAAUGUAUAGGCAAUAGGGCUCUAGAGGAGAAGGAAGAAUUGAGAAAAAAAAAUGUAGCUAGCUAGCUUUGGCCGUACGUGGGCGGGUCAACGGUCAAAGGUGGACCGGCGGGAGACGGACACGCUGAUUUCUUAACCCGUUUGAGUUUUGUUUACUCUGGCGACACGCGCGCACGCACGCCUUCUUCCUUCACUUUAGGCUUUAAUUACCACAGACCACAGUCACUGGCUAGUCGUCUUCUCGCUAAUUCCCUUCUCGACAUCGAUCGUCCAUCCCUAUAUAAACCCAAUAUAUCCGUCUCGAUCCCUCCACAUCUCCUCAAUCAAUCAAGCUCUAGCUCAUCUACUAGCUAGCUCGAUCAUCCAUACAUAGCUCCCAAAAUUAACACUCCACAGCUAGCGGCUCUACCACUUAGAUACUUCUUGUGGAUCGAUCGAGCUCGGAUUGAUCGUGCUGAUCAUGGACAUGGACAAGGAGUACUACAUGGGCAUGGAGGCGGCGAUGAGCCCGGGUGGCUCGUCGGAGCCGGCGAAGGCGGUGGCGGUGGCGGCGACGGCGAGCGAGGACGAAGGUGACCUGAGGAGGGGCCCCUGGACGGCGGAGGAGGACGCGCUGCUCGUGGACUACGUCGCCCAGCACGGCGAAGGCCGCUGGAACUCGCUCGCCCGAUGCGCCGGGUUGAGGAGAACGGGGAAGAGCUGCCGGCUGCGGUGGCUGAACUACCUCCGUCCGGACGUCCGGCGGGGCAACAUCACGGCAGAGGAGCAGCUGCUGAUCCUGGACCUGCACUCGCGCUGGGGCAACCGCUGGUCCAAGAUCGCGCAGCGGCUCCCCGGCAGGACGGACAACGAGAUCAAGAACUACUGGCGGACCCGGGUGCAGAAGCACGCCAGGCAGCUCCGGUGCGACGUCAACAGCCGACAGUUCCGGGACGUCGUCCGGCUAGUCUGGAUGCCCCGCCUCAUCGAGCGCAUGCACGCCGACGCCAACAACGCCGGUGUGCCGCCGGCGCCGGAGACGAUGACGACGACGAUGGCGACGCGUGCUGAUCAUCGUCAUGGGAUGAGUAGGAGUGAGCCGAUGAUAGGACGGGCGGCGGAUGCGACGGCGGAGAUGAGCCCCGACGACACCUCUAGCACGCUCCGGUCUUCGGUAUUGACGGCAGAGAUGGUGUCGACGAUGCACGAGGGGCAAUAUCGUCUCUCUCCGUGGGGCGCUGCAAGUGCUGUCACCACGAACAACGCGGAUGGUACGGCCGUGAAUUGCUUCGUGCGAAGGGAUGAGGGGGCGAUGGGCGGCGAUGAUCACGCGAUCCAUGGCGGUGACGAUGAGCUUGGCGGGAGCUGGUCGGAGCUCCUCGCUGCCACGGGACUACCAGAAUUCGAGUUCGGGGAUUUCGACGACAACUUGUGGAGCCUAGAGGACAUUUAUGCAAAUUAAAUUCAUAGAGUGACUUGACUAGUAUAUAGUAUGCAAAUUAAAUUCAUAGAGUGGUCUUCAAUUAUUUUUUUCCCA